AUGGGUUCUGGAAAACGAGCAUCUUCUAGAAAUCCAGCCGUCGUCUCAGGGUUGCGUGAAAAGCAUCAAGAGGAUCUAGAAAAACUGACAUUGACCUCACAGCCAUUCAAAACCUUCAAAUUCUUUGUUGCUGCUGUUUUGUUAUAUCUGAGGAGAUCCACCUCCUACCUUCUUGCAAAUGGUGGCUGGCUUCUGCUCUUUACUAGCGUUCUUGUCGCGUUUUCAGCUAUCCUUGUGACCGUAGAUGGCCCACAUGUCAAGCACCUUGAAGAACUGUCUGAGUACGUCAGAUUUGGACUAUGGUGGAUUUUUCUAGGUGUUGCAUCAUCAAUUGGUCUUGGAUCUGGUUUGCAUACAUUUGUUCUGUAUUUGGGUCCUCAUAUCGCUUUGUUCACCAUAAAAGCAAUGACCUGCGGGCGGGUUGAUUUGAAAAGCGCUAUAUAUGACACAAUCCAGUUGAAGAGAAGCCCUUCGUGGCUUGAUAAACCUUGCCACGAGUUUGGCUCCCCGGUUUUUUCUUCAGGAGUUCCGCUUAGCAGCAUUUUGCCUCAGGUUCAGAUAGAAGCCAUCCUUUGGGGUCUAGGAACAGCGUUGGGAGAACUUCCUCCUUACUUUAUCUCAAGAGCUGCAAGUCUUUCCGGUGGCAAAAUGGAAGAACUGGAAACAUGUUCUGGUGACGGCAAUGGAUUUAUUGCUAAACGUGUGAAUCAGAUCAAAGGCUGGUUAUUGUCACAUUCACAGUACCUCAACUUCUUCACAAUUCUGAUUCUUGCUUCGGUCCCUAACCCAUUAUUCGACCUUGCUGGAAUCAUGUGUGGACAAUUCGAGAAACCAUUUUGGGAGUUUUUCCUUGCAACGUUGAUUGGGAAGGCAAUCAUCAAGACGCAUAUACAGACGGUUUUCAUCAUAUGUGUCUGUAAUAAUCAGCUUCUUGACUGGGUAGAGAACGAGCUGAUAUAUAUUAUGAGCUUUGUGCCCGGUCUUGCUUCUGCGUUGCCUGAGCUAACAGCUAAACUCCGCUUGAUGAAAGAGAAGUACUUGGUUGCUUCACCUCCAGUAACUUCUGAUAUCAGUGUCAAGAAAUGGGAUCUUUCUUUUGCAUCGGUGUGGAACGGAGUCGUGUGGCUGAUGCUUUUGAAUUUCUUCGGCCAGAUUGUGACUGCAACUGCACAAAGGUACCUCAAGAAGCAACAAGAACAAGAAUUAGAUGCCUUGGCCAAGAACAAGGACAAGAAUUAG